CGCUCCUCCCCGCCGGCGGCGCCAUGACGCGGCGCGCGCGCGCCUGCCCCUCCACCUCCCCCCCGCCCGGCGGCCUGCGCGUUUAACGAGCGGCGCGCGCAGCCCGCGGAGCGCCCGUGAGGAGCCGCCGCCGCCCGCCGGGAGCCGCGCCGAGCCGCGCCGCGGGGUUAUGAGGCCGGGCGCCGCCGCCGCCUCGCCGUGAGGAGCAGCGAGCCGCUGCCGUCGGCGGCGCGGGGAGCGCGCGAGAGGCGCCGGGGCCGCCCCGAGCCGGGAAGCCAUUUUGUGGGCCCCCCUCCUGCUGCUGCUGCUUCGCCGCCGCCCUCGCGCGCGGUCGCGGCCGGUGCUGCCGGUCGGGGUGGGCGGGCGGGCCCGCGGCGGGGGCGCCCCGUGAGGGAGGGCGGCGGCGGCGGGGGGGGGCAAGGGAGGGGGCCGGAGCAGCGGGCGGCGGCCGCCGCGCCUCCCCAUGGCGAAGAAAACCUACGACCUGCUCUUCAAGCUGCUGCUCAUCGGGGACUCGGGGGUCGGCAAGACCUGCGUGCUCUUCCGCUUCUCCGACGAUGCCUUCAACACCACCUUCAUCUCCACCAUCGGGAUAGACUUCAAGAUUAAAACUGUUGAAUUACAAGGAAAGAAGAUCAAGCUACAGAUAUGGGACACGGCAGGGCAGGAGCGAUUUCACACUAUCACCACCUCCUACUACAGAGGUGCCAUGGGGAUCAUGCUAGUAUACGACAUCACCAACGCCAAGAGCUUUGAAAACAUCAGCAAGUGGCUCAGAAACAUAGAUGAGCAUGCCAAUGAAGAUGUGGAGAGGAUGCUGUUAGGAAACAAGUGUGACAUGGAAGAUAAAAGAGUUGUCCCUAAAGCAAAAGGAGAACAGAUUGCUAGGGAGCAUGGUAUUAGGUUUUUCGAAACUAGUGCAAAAGCAAAUAUAAACAUUGAGAAGGCAUUCCUCACAUUAGCAGAAGACAUUCUUCGAAAGACCCCUGUAAAAGAGCCCAACAGUGAAAAUGUAGAUAUCAGCAGUGGAGGUGGGGUGACAGGCUGGAAGAGCAAGUGUUGCUGAACGUUCUCCUAUAUCACCAAUCGCCAUCCACCGCCCCUUUUUUCUCGCUGCAAAACAAACCACUCUACCCGUUUUUAACCUUAAACCAAUGUUUUGUUCCUCAUCUUAACAAGCUGCUGUCUCCCUUUGUCUUUCUGUUUAGGACAGCUUGCAUACUAUAAUUUUCUCAACAACAUGUAUAGGAAAAUCAUGUCCGUGACUUCAUUUUUUAAUGUUCCUGCUCAACUUACCACUACGUUUUGGUUGUAUUAUAGUCCCGUUCUUCCUGACAUUAAAACAUAUAGCAAUCAUAUUCAACUCUCUUCUGCAAAUUGUAUAAGAAUAAAAGUUAGAAUUAACAAUUUAUUUUGUACAACAGUGGAAUUUUCUGUCAUGGAUAAUGUGCUUGAGUCACCAUAUUCUCUAGAUGCAUCAGCAAAAGAGCCAGGAAAACACUCAUUUUCGCCUUGAGUAUGUGAAUGGGGUUUAUUUUGUCCUGUGCCUUAUGUGGAAAGGAACUUUUGUUUUUCACUCUCUCCCCCCCCGUUUUGGUGGAAGCAUGUGCAGGAGACAUCCCAUCCAUACCUGACCAUUUUAAAAUACUGAACUCCUUUGUGAUUGCUUUCUGUAAUUGUUGGUGUAACGCAUCGAGGACAAAGGGUGGUGCAAAAAAACAUUACAUUUAAUCUGCUAUGUCUCCUUUUUGGUGAUCUAGCCAUUCAGAACUGUUCCCGCUCCUGUUUUUUUUUCCUCACUUGCAACUCUUUCCUUUUGCCUGCAUGCUGCUUUUAUUUGCUUUUCUUCAUGGUGUGAUGUGUUAAUUAAAAGGACGGCAACGUGGUAUGUUUGCCAAAAAAUUUAAUACAAAGCACUGAUUUAGCUUUCAAGAUAAAAUGUUGAAGAUACCUACUAAUUUCCCUCUAGCCAAUGUCGGUUCACUAGUAUAUCUCCUCUCUCCUCCUGCAUAGCCAUUGGGUUUUAUGAUAUGGAAGAGUUAUUUGCAUGCACUAGUUUUCUAUGGAGGGUGAUGUGGUUGUCUACUUUAUGUGUAUGAAUAUAACACGCGGUUCCCAAACUGACAGCAGUUGACAUGAACUUUAAGUUCUCUCGUACUGUUAGCCUCUCCGACCGGUUGUGCGGUAGCCUCGCAAAAGGCCGAGUAAAACUAGAUUUUAAAAAGAAAAAAAUGGCAGUUUAAUUUAUCGCCUCCCUGAAAACUUUGCAUUUCCCAGUGUUAAAAGCUCCGCGAGUCGUUUGUGCUCCAGGCAGCCUCACGCUCGCCCCGGGAGCCCGGGCACGGAGCGGGCGAUGCGCCCCGGGCUCGCGUCCGGCGGCGUCGGCUCGCUCUUCCCGGCGGCCGUCUCUCCCCGCCUGCAGCCGCUCCGGCCCGGGGAGGCACCGGCGACUCCGUGGCUUCCUCCAUUUCUGGAAGAAAAGAGGGUCGAGGACGGCCGCUCUGACUCCUCCGACUGCUCCUGUCGAACUGGACGUCGGUCUGUGGCAGCAUCUGCGCUUCCCCUUGCCUUGCGUUUAAAAUACCACCUAGGAGAGCUGCUCCAGCCGAGGACACGCAAUUACUUUAGACACCCCCCCGCCAAAAGCUCCCCUUCCGCUUUGGGGUCGGACAAGCUCGUCCGCUUGGUUUUUGGACUUCUCUCCAGUAAAUAAUUGAAGUAGUAAAUAAUGCUGAUUUAACGUUAAUGAGAUGACGGUGUUUUAACAUUGAAAUCCUAGUUUUGACCUGCUUUGGGUGUAGUCCCUUUGCUGACGUGUGUCCCCUUGCUCUGUGUCUCGGCGUUUUGUCUGUCCUUGUUCACCCUUCCCGGCCGGGGGCCGCGGGGGGCAGGACGCGGGCUGCCACCCUCGGCCUGGCUCCCUUUCGCCCGCGCUGUAAAUAGAGUCCGGCUACCUUUCUGUUCGACCUGCACUUUUUAACAUUGUCAAAAAGGGAAAAAUGGAGAAAUGCACAUCAGUUUUUUUUGUAUAACCUUUGUUUUAAGCGUGCGCUUCUUAUUUGCGCGGAGGGGCUCGGCUCCUUCCCCACGAGUCUUGGGGUCCUUGGCAGAAGCCGCGUGCGUUGACGCAGCAGAGAGCAGCCGCUCGGGUACUACUAGCUACCACCUCGGUUUCAUAUUCUACUUACCACGUUAAUAAACUGAAAUAUUUCUAGAUGGUCGUCUUCUGCUCAUAUAAAACCAUGAGUUUUAACCGUGUGGCUUGGCUUGCUUUCGUUUGUGGAGCGCAAGGCCCAGCUGAGGAGGAGCCAGCAGCGGGAGGCAACGCCUGGGCGCUAGAAAGUCAAAACCGUGCCGGAGGAAUUUGCAGCAACUUUAUUUCUGCUGGUACCUAAAUUUACCGCUAGCUAGCAAACUAACUGCUUGUGCAACCUGUAUUUGGGCGGCACCCCCCUCCCCGGCCCUGUGGGUGGAAAAAAGCCGAAGGCCUGCGUAGAAAACGGUCUAAAAGGAGCCGUUUCGCAGCCGCUUUGCCCUGAUGCACGCGGGAGGCGAGCUCGUACGUGUCACGGCGAAAAAUGUAACUGCAUUAAAUCGGUGAUGCCAAACUAAAAUCCGAAGUUGAAUCCAUCGCACAAGUGUGUUAACCGUUUUAUCUUUAGUCCUUAAAUGUAGCGAGCGUCGCAGUCACGGUCGGGAUCGGGACGGUUAAAGCGAGGGGGGCUCCGAAGCCCAGCGGAGGUAAAGCCGCGCUGCGUGUGCCUGGACUCGGAUCGUGGGAAAACAGCAUCAAUUUGUAAGGUCUAGGAUUAAUUCCCAUGCCUACAAUUUUUUACUUAAUCUUUUAAUAUUUUUGCUACUCCACUCUGGCUUUUUAUUUAAAACACAUUCUUUUGUACCACUUACUGUAUCAAAUUGUAUAAAAGAUCACUGUCCCAUUCUUGGUCAUACCAAGAGCAAAUAAAAGCUUUUCUAAACUUGCA